GGGAGACAGAUGUGAUGCUGCAGUGAAUUCUUGCUUCAGGUGAAGAAGUGUGCAGUGCUUCAGGUGAUGAUGUGUACCAGCUGCAGUGUUCCUCACCACCUCCUUCUUUUCCUCAUCCUCACGUUCAUCACAGUUCCUGUAUCAGCUGUCAUUACAGUAAAGGUGGAGUUUAAUCAGACUGCUGCUCUGCCCUGUCAUCGGAGAUGUUCUCGUCAGGUCACAUGGACUCUGUUCAAUAACCCAGAUUAUGUAGUGGCUCGGUGUGAUCAGACAACCUGCUGGCUAGCAGAAGGAUUUUACAUCUCCCAUGAUCAGUAUCUGAAAGGAGAUCUGACCCUCACCAUCACUGUAGCUGAUGACAGUAAGAGGAACAUAUACAGGUGUUGGUGUGAUGGCAAAGACAUUAAUUAUGUGCGUCUCAGCAUCAAGUCCAUCAUAUCAUCAGUUCAGAUGAAUCCUUGUGAAGAUCUACAGCUGAAUUUGCACAUAUCAGAACAAGUGGAGGUGAUCUUUAAACACAGAGAUUCAACAGAUGGUGUACAGAUCUGCAGUGUGUAUAAAAGAUCACUAAACUGUACAGCUGAAUACACACAGAGAACAUCACUCACUAACACACUUCUUACACUGAGAGGAGUAAAGAGGACUGAUGAUGGAGUUUACAUCAUCAGAGACAAGGAGUAUAACGAGACCCUUCAUAUUUACUUUGUAACAGUAAGAGAUCAGAACAAAGAUCAGGAGUGUGCUCUACCAGUGUGGAAGAUUGUCCUGAUAGUAGUGCUUCCGGCUGCUGCACUGAUUGUGAUAUUCCUGAUCCUGAGGACUAUAUAUCACAGCAACCGAAGAGAUGAUAUUCUUGCAAAUCCGUGUAAAUAUGCAGAAGCUGUGAAGAUCCAGAUCAAAUUUGACAACACAAACAGCUCCAAUAAAUUUAAAAUUGAGGCUGGAGCAAAUCCCAAGGAAGAGGCUGAGGAUAAAAAAAAACUACCCAAAUAUGUGAAGGACUAUAUAGAAUAUAAGAAAAAUAUGGAUGAAAUUACAAUUAUUAAAGAAUACAAGUUGGGAGAAGUGGAUACAUACGGAAAGUAA